GGGAAUACUGGAGGACGACCACUUCAACCUGCAGCUGAAUCCACAAACUGAACAAGAGUUUUACAAGAACAAAGACUCAAAGUGAAAGUAACUUUCAGGGACGUCACUAACGGAGGGAGUGACUGACUGAUUCCUGUCUGAGCCGUCUGCCUGCUGCGAGUUCAGCUUCACUCGGAGACUAAAUGGCUUCCAGGUUAGAGGAGGAUCUCUGCUGUCCUGUCUGCUGUGACAUCUUUAAAGAUCCUGUCAUCCUGUCAUGUUGCCACAGCUUCUGUAAAGUCUGUCUGCAGAGCUGGUGGACAGAGAAGGAAACUCAAGAGUGUCCACUUUGUAAGAGAAGACAUUCAAAACAAUUACCUUCCAAUUUGGCGUUAAAGAACCUGUGUGAGACGUUCAGAGAGGAGAGAGGUCAGAGAGCUUCAGAGGCUCUCUGCAGUCUGCACUCUGAGAAACUCAAACUCUUCUGUCUGGACCAUCAGCAGCCAGUGUGUGUCGUCUGCAGAGAUUCAGAAAAACACAGCAACCACAGAUUCAGACCCAUCGAUGAAGCUGCACGACAACACAAGAAGGAACUUCAGGAAACUCUGGAGCCCUUAAAGAAGAAGUUACAGGUUUCUGAACAAGUUAAAGUGAAGUUUGGUCAAACAGCAGAACACCUGAAGGUCCAGGCCCGACACACAGAGAGGCAGAUUAAGGAGCAGUUUAAGAAGCUUCACCAGUUUCUAGAGGAGGAAGAGGAGGCCAGGAUGGCUGCACUGAGGGAGGAAGAGGAGCAGAAGAGUCAGAUGCUGAAGGAGAAGAUGGAGGCUCUGAGCAGAGAGAUAGCAGCUCUUUCAGACACAGUCAGAGCCACAGAGGAGCAGCUGAGAGCUGAAGACGUCUCAUUCCUGCUCAACUACAAGGCUGCAGUGGAAAGAGUCCGGCAGCGCCCCCUGCUGGAGGAUCCACAGCUGCCCUCAGGAGCUCUGAUAGACCAGGCCAAACACCUGGGCAACCUGACCUUCAACAUCUGGAACAAGAUGAAGGACAUGGUCUCCUACACUCCUCUGAUCCUGGACCCAAACACUGCUCAUCCAGGACUCAUCCUGUCUGAAGAUCUGACCAGUGUGAGAGAAGGAGAGGAGCAGCAGCUUCCUGACAAUCCAGAGAGGUUUGGUUCUUACUGGUCUGUCCUGGGCUCUGAGGGCUUCAACUCAGGGACUCACAGCUGGGAGGUCGAGGUUGGAGACAGUACAGACUGGGAACUGGGAGUGUUAGCAGAGUCUGUCCAGAGGAAGGGAGACAUACAGUCUGGAUUAUGGAGAAUAGGGUUCUUUACAGGUAAAUACUCAGUAUGGUCACCACCAGCUCCACCCACUGCUCUCCGAGUGCAGAAGAAGCUCCAGAGGAUCAGAGUGAAUCUGGACUGGAUCAGAGAAACGCUGUCGUUCUCUGAUCCUGAUACUAACACACACAUACACACCUUCACACACACUUUCACUGACAGACUGUUUCCAUACAUUAGCACUUGGGAUAAUCUCCCACUGAAGGUUUUACCUGUGAAGGUCUCUGUGACUGUAGAACACCUGAACUAGAUGACGAUGAUGAUGACGACGAUGCUCUUUGAGGAACAUGUGACUAUGUCGUCCUGAUGAUGUUGUUGGUUGUCAUGGUGAUGUUGUUGACAUUUACAGUAUAUAUACUCUUUUAGUUUCUCAUGAAGAACCUCAUCCUUAUCUUUACCCAACGUAUUCGAGGACAGUCGAGGUAAUCAUGUUUUCGUGUCUUUAAUCAGAAGUUUCCUUGUGUAAUGGCGCCCUCAUGUGGGUAAAAGCGUAACAGCACAAUAAUUCAUAGCCAAUCAGAGACUAUCAAUGAUUUAUGUGUUUUGAUUGUGGACCAAUAGGGAACGACCCGCCAGGAGGAGCAUGUUUUUAAAAUGUAAGUGAAUGCACAACUGAGCCUGUUCAGUUGCUUCAUGAACCAACUCGGUUUCCGUGUACUUUGUUUUGAUAUUACAGUAAAAUCUAUAUUGCGUUGGA